CUCUUGAAAGAGACGGAUGUGUUAUCAACGCUCUGUUUCCGCGCCCGUUCGCGUUACGUAAAUUGGAUUUAGAUGUCGAUGAGUUAAUUCGAUAUUGCAAAGCCGCUUAUAUUUUUCAGACUUGUGUGUCCUUGUGUUGAAAAUGUCCGCGAAGGAUGAUAUUUUGGAAAAAUGUUGAAGACGUUUUAUACGCGAUGUUUGUUUUGUUUGCUGUGUAUCGCCUAUUAUUUUUACGGGACUGAUGGGUUAAUAGAGAUCGUUGAAGAACAACGUUGCCAUGACUACGAGUUUCGAUUGACGUGUCGUGAGUUGGACACGCAUAUUGCAGUCCUAGAAGCCUGGUACACAACCCUUGAAAAUUACUAUCGAAACGAUACAUUCACUCACGCCAAUCUGAUCAAAACUCAAAAUGACUCGGAACUCGACAAAGUGUAUAUCUAUUCUAGUCCUAAACAUAACGGAGUGUUCGAGUUGACAAAUCACACAUUCGAGAACUACACAAAUGUGAAUACUUCCUUCGAGUUCGACUCGAGAAUUGAGAGUGUAAAUGAGACAGUGGAGAGUGUUGAUAUGUCGGUGGAUUUUGUAAAUGUGACGUGUAGUGCAGUGUCAUUUGCGAGAAGUUAUGCCAGCUGGCGAGAAGGAGAUAAGCGCCGACGAAUGCGUUCCAGAGAUCUUUCGUACAACUUGCGAGCGCCAUUGAGUUAUAGAUGUACAGGAGUGAAUCAUUGCAACUUUAGACUGGCCGAGGACUACCCCCCAUCAGAGAGCUGGUCACCUGGCGUGGUAUACAUAAAAUAUGCAUGUUUUGAUGAUUCCCUAUCAGUCCACUAUUGCAACCGCGAAGUGCAGGUGGCAGAUAGGGGUCCAGAGAGCGAGGGCUACAUCCGGACACCCGGAUAUCCGCACUUCUACGUCGGAGAUGAGUGCCGGUGGAAACUCCGGGCACAUCCAGAGCAACGAAUUCGAGUUACUUUGCUUGAUGUUAGUUUAAGAAGUAUAGGCCCAUUUGAAAGUAACUGCACUGAUUACGUUGCAGUGCAUGAUUCAAACGGUGAUUCUCUUCUAAGCAGCUGUGAUCAAGUUGAAAUGCCAUUACGCUUGCUCUCUGUAACAAACACUGUUGAAGUAUUAGUUGAAGCUAGAUCUAAGGGCGCCUUCCCAAAGAGAGGCGUGUUGUUACAUUAUAAAAGUUUAGGGUGUGUUACUGUAUCAGCGCCAUCUAACGGCUACAUUGUGUAUAGAAACGAAGAUGUAGCGCACUACGUGUGUGAUGUGAAUUUUGUUUUCAUCGACACACGGCAAAGGGCGCGGAUAUUAUGGUGCUAUGAUGAUAAUAGAUGGAAUGAUACUGUUCCAGAAUGUAUCGAAGAGACGACUCCUCAGGUGGUCGUCAGAAAUUAUUCUGUCCCAGAGGUCGAUAAAGAUACAAAACUGCCGCACAACGAGGGAAAUAUGAUAGUUGACAUCGUCAUCCCGUCGCUACUGAUAGCGGCGCUGUUCAUCGGAAACGCAUUCAUCGUACUCAUUAUAUACAAAUACAGAAAACGGAAAACGGAUGAUCUAGAAGACGAGUUCAACACAAUCCCCCUGAGUGUUAACGGCAACGUCCACAGCGCCGGUAACGCGGUCUAGUCGCAUUUUAAAGGGGAUUACACUCAAACGACUACGCAACAUUAAUCUUAACAGAACAGAACUUGUUAAUCACUAUUAGCGAGAUUUAUUGCUUUGUAUUGAAUAAAAAUUAACAUGUUUUUUCUAUCUGUAUUUUUAUGAUGUCACGAUGUUAUGAAAUUAAAACGAAAUUAGGAAACGUAUGGACGUAAUAAACAUGAUGAGUCUUGUCUUGUUAUAUUAUG